GCUGUUCUUGCGUAUUGAUGAAAGUCAACUGUUAGUGGCGUCUCAGGAGGAACACCAGAAGUCCUUCUUCAUCUUCCAUUCGCCGCUUUUAUUCCAUUUAUAAAUCAUGAACGUGUUUAACUCUGUGUUGAGACCGACAUUGCGGUCACUGCGCGGUAUUCACAGGUUAAACGAGAGUAAGGUGUGCUGUGGGUCGGCGGGGGCUCGGUUCCUGUGCUCCUCGGCUGAAGAACUUCAGAAGAACCUGGCUGAGAUGGUGAAGAAGGAGAAGGUGGUGGUGUUCAUGAAGGGCACUCCUGCUCAGCCCAUGUGUGGCUUCAGUAAUGCUGUAGUGCAGAUCCUCAGGAUGCAUGGUGUGGAUCAGUAUGCUUCCUACAACGUGCUGGACGACCAGGAACUUAGACAAGGAGUGAAGACCUUCUCGAGCUGGCCCACCAUCCCUCAGAUCUUCUUUAAUGGAGAGUUCGUGGGCGGUUGUGAUAUUUUACUGCAGAUGCACCAGAGUGGAGAUCUAGUGGAAGAACUGGAGAAACUGGGAAUCAGAUCAGCUCUACUGGACCAGGAUCAACACGCUAAAUAACACACACACACACACACACACACACACACACACACACACACACACAGAUCCCAGUCCAUGAUUUGUCUCUUUGUGAUGGUUGUACUGAUGAUGUCCUCACCGAUGCUGUAUUAAUGAUAUUUAUAUAGUGAUGUAGAUCAAUAAAAGCUUUUCAAUCGUC